UCAUUAAAACUCCAGGGAGCGCUGUCGAUUCGGCCUCGUCCUGCAAAAUCGAUCCUGUUGCAGGCACAACCAACAAGCUGAUGUUGCUGAAACGCACACGGUGAAAACGCUGACACGAUGGAUUUUAAUGUCAAGAAACUGGCGUCGGAUGCAGGUGUCUUCUUCACUCGUGCUGUUCAGUACACAGAGGAGAAGCUUGGCCAGGCAGAAAAGACUGAGCUAGAUGCCCACCUGGAGAACCUGAUUGCUCGAGCAGACUGCACCAAAAACUGGACUGAAAAGAUCUUCAGACAGACCGAGGUGCUGCUUCAACCCAACCCAAGUGCCCGUAUCGAAGAGUUCUUCUAUGAGAAAUUGGACAGAAAGCUCCCAUCCAGAACCACCAAUGCAGAGCUGCUGGGACAGUAUAUGCAGGAUGCGGCAAAGGAAUUUGGGCCAGGAACUCCAUAUGGUAGUACUUUGAUCACUGUUGGAGAGUAUCAGAGGAGAUUGGGUGGAGCAGAGCGGGAAUUCUUACAGACGUCAGCCAUCAACUUCCUCACUCCUCUGAGGAACUUUCUAGAGGGGGACUGGAAAACCAUUUCUAAAGAGAGAAGGCUACUUGAGAACCGGCGUCUUGACCUGGAUGUUUGCAAAGCUCGGCUCAAGAAAGCAAAGUUAGCAGAGGCCAAGGCUGCUGCUGCGCCUGACUUUCAGGAGACUAGGCCGCGCAAUUAUGUUCUGUCGGCCAGUGCAUCUGCGUGGGUUAGUGAAGUUGACGAUUCAUCUCUGAGUGACAGAGAAAAGCUGUGGAGUGAGGAAGUGGAUAAAGCAGAACACGAGUUGCGUGUGGCUCAGACUGAGUUUGACAGACAGGCAGAGGUCACGCGCCUCCUUUUGGAGGGGAUCAGCAGCACACAUGUGAACCACUUGCGCUGCCUGCAUGAGUUUGUGGAGGCCCAGGCUGCUUAUUACACACAGUGUCACAAGCACAUGCAGGAUCUUCAGAAAGAGCUGAGCAGUGCAAACGGAGAUACGUUUCCUAACGCUUUUGCUGUGAACGCCUCCACGUCAGGGGUUUCAGCAGACCCUUCUCCUGUUUCCACUGCCACCCUCCCUGGUUCUUCUCCACCUAGUCGUUCGCCAAACCCCUCCAAUGCCCUCGAGUCCAGCACGCUGAAGAUUGAGGAGGUGAAGCCUCCUGCCACUGGCACUCGCAAGGCCAAAGUGCUGUAUGACUAUGAUGCUGCAGAUACAAGUGAACUUUCACUUCUCGCUGAUGAGCUUAUUACUGUGUACACAGUGCCUGGCAUGGACCCGGACUGGCUUGUUGGAGAGCGAGGCAACCAGAAAGGCAAAGUGCCUGUCACCUACCUGGAGCUCCUAAGCUAGACGCAGCCUCCUCUUCACAAAUACAGUGUCACACUGAAUUAUGCAUGAACAAAUACUCAUGAACACUCAGUGAAUUUACCUGGUUUCUGUCUAUUAAGUUUUUCUUCCCCUGUAAUACCUAGAUUCACAUUUAGGUCUGUCCAUGUUACUGUGCAGAAAUAUGUAUUAUUGUUUUUUUAGGCCCUAGUUAUGUUCUGGGUGUAUGUUGUUUCAUUUGAAGACUAUCCUGCAUAAAGCUUUUCUUUAAGUAACUGUUUUUUCCCUUUAUGAUCCUGUGACUGCUAGAUUUUUCUGAAGUCUUUCUUACCCUCCAAGUGAAGACAACAAACUGAAAAGCUUUCGUGUUGGAGCUGGAUCUGAGUUUGUGUGUGUGUGUGUGUGUGUGUGUGCGUGUGUGUGUGUGUGCGUGUGUGUGCGUGCGUGCAUGUGUGAUCAUGAAGACACUAAAUAUUUAGGCUUUGAUUCUUUGCGUGUUGUCUCGCUCGUCAUGCUUGUUUGUUUAUAUGGUGGUCUUGGAUUGAUAUCAGCGUGUUUUAAUCCAAAUGAGGCAUUUACCGUAUUAAGUGCGGUUAGGAUGUACAUUAUGUGAUUAACUGUGAUCUGUUCAUAUUCAAAAGACCUUCAGUGGUACUUAUUCACAUCCAUAUCCACUCAGUCAGCACCUUCCCAUAUUUGUCUUUGUGUUCUGUGCUUGUUCCAAAUAGCGAUGCAUAUCGAAUGAAUACAAUAUAAAUAUAUAAUAAAGAUUUACUGGAUCUUGA